AUGCGCCGCCGGCAUUUGGCUGAGGGAGAAAUGCUGGCGCAUUGCGAUUUGCAGUACGUAGAGAAGCCUUUUGUGAAAAGCAGAAAAGGUACGUGUUGGCGGCGCUCGCAUUGGCAUUGUAAAAUUUGCUGAGAGGAGCUUCGACAUCUUUUGCUGCCAAGGGGAGCGAAGAUGGCGCAGUGCGCGCUCGCAGCUUCCCGGGCGCUCUCUUCCGGCAUUGCCCUUCGCAGCAGUGCCCCCGCUUCACACCGAAAUGCCUCUCCUUUCUUUGCCCACUCGCCCUGUAUAGCUGAGGACUUUGUCGGCUUUCACAAGCAUCUUGCUGCAUUUGCACAACGAAAGGAAGCCCGGGCGGUUUGUGAGAGGAGCUUGAGUGCUCGUCCCUUGAGACAAAGGCAACGAGGGGGCGCUUUGGCCGCAGCAGCCUCUGCAGAGAAUGGGGCCAAGUAUGACUAUGAUCUGGUCAUUAUUGGUGCCGGUGUGGGGGGCCACGGUGCUGCCCUUCACGCCGUUGAAAAGGGGCUAAGGACUGCGAUUGUGGAGGGCGAUGUGGUUGGCGGAACCUGUGUAAACAGGGGCUGCGUGCCAUCAAAGGCGCUUCUAGCGGUCAGCGGAAGGAUGCGGGAGAUGAAGGAUGCACACCACCUUAAGGCCCUUGGCAUCCAGGUUGACAACGCCACCUACGACAGAGCUGCAGUAGCGGAGCAUGCAAAUGGCCUGGCCACCAAGAUUCGGAGCAACCUGACCAACUCCCUAACGGGACUUGGGGUGGAGAUCCUGGAAGGGAAUGCCACCAUCCUGGCGCCCGGAAAGAUUCAGUAUGGAAAAGAGAACCAGCGGUUCCAAACGGUGACGGCCAAGAACAUCAUCAUCGCCACUGGCUCCAUCCCCUUCGUGCCGCCAGGCAUCGAGGUUGACGGCAAGACUGUGUUCACCAGUGACCAUGCGCUGAAGCUGGAGUGGAUCCCCGACUGGAUUGCCAUCGUCGGCAGCGGCUACAUCGGACUAGAGUUCAGCGAUGUGUACACAGCCCUAGGCAGUGACGUCACGUUCAUUGAGGCCCUCGACGGGCUGAUGCCCGGGUUUGAUCCCGAGAUUGGCAAGAUGGCCCAGCGGCUACUCAUCCAGCCCAGGAACAUCGACUACCACACUGGGGUUCUGGCGAAAAAGAUCACCCCCGCCAAGGACGGGAAGCCAGUGACCAUCGAGCUCGUGGACACCAAGACACGCGAGCACAAGGAAACAAUAGAGGUUGAUGCCGCGCUUAUUGCCACCGGCAGGGCUCCCUUCACCAAGGGGCUUGGACUAGAAAAGGUUGGUGUGGAGUUGCAGAGGGGCUACGUCCCAGUGGACGAGAGGAUGCGCGUUCUUGACAAGGACCAGAAUGUGAUCCCCGGGCUCUACUGCAUUGGGGAUGCCAACGGGAAGAUGAUGCUCGCGCAUGCCGCCAGCGCCCAGGGCAUCUCUGCCGUUGAGAACAUUGCGGGCAACGACAACGUGCUGAACCACCUCAGUGUCCCUGCCGCUUGCUUCACGCAUCCAGAGAUCAGCUUUGCGGGUCUGACCGAGCCCCAGGUGCAGAAGAAGGCUGAGGAGGAGGGCUUCGAGUACAAGGUGGCCAAGACGAGCUUCAAGGCCAACUCAAAGGCGCUCGCAGAGAACGAGGGCGACGGCAUGGCCAAGGUCAUCUACCGGAAGGACACGGGCGAAAUCUUGGGAGUCCACAUCAUCGGCCUGCAUGCUGCGGACCUUAUCCACGAAGCAUCCAACGCCAUUGCGACGGGGCUGACUGUCCAGGACCUCAAAUUUGCGGUGCACGCGCAUCCCACGCUCUCCGAGGUCCUGGACGAGCUCUUCAAGUCUGCCCACGUCGAGCAGGCUGAGCCGGUCAUUGCCAAGGCGGAGCCCGUGACCGUCUAGAUUGUGUUGAGACAACUUGAGGAUAGUCGUGAACUAGAUGUGUAGCAAAAGCAGCUCAGGUCGGCUGUACAUUCCGAGAAGGGUAAUCGAUUUUUAUCAGUGGGCGGGGAGUCGGAACAAUGUACCGAAGCUUCAUCGACUAGCCAACCAUGCACGUGCAAGAUGGCUCCGUUCAUACCGUCUGAAAAGCCCGACUGUCUAUCGACGAGUAUUUUUUGCAUUGCAAGUGAGAUGUGCGGCGU